AUGCGAACAAGACUCUGGAACAUGGGCGUCUCCGCCUGGAAAGGGGGCGUUUUAGUCUUUCCCCGAGAACGCGUCCAGACGCAGAAGGCAUUGGAAUGGAACAAAAGGAGGUCUAGAGCGGUGUCAAGUGAUAGAGAGGAUACGAUUGAAGUAAUUGAGGCCCCCGCGGCACCGCAAUCAAAACGAACGGAGAUCAGCUCGCGCCCCAAGGAGCGCAUCGUUGCGGCGAAGGUUAAGGCCCUCACCGCGAAGGCAGAAGAACGUCCCGCAUCAGUGACAUCGACCCCGAAUCAGCUGGCACACGAGAAGGCGAAUGCUAGUGCGAAUGCGCAGAUAAAAGUGCUCACCGACUUGGUCGAGUCGCUGGUGAGGACAAUGGAGGAACAGAAGGAGGAGUACGCUCCAAGCGUAUGUACUGUGUAUGAUGUUGCUACCAUCUGGGAUCUGGGUGGUCCAAUUGAGGCUGUGCAUUCAACAAGGCUAUCAGCCGAUUGGGAAAGGAGUCACAGGUCUGACCAUCGGCGGUGCUUCCUCGUGCUCGAACGGGCCUGGCCUUGGUUAAUUAUUAAGCUCUGGGAAGAAGGCGAGAUUUAG